UCACUUUCAGAGCUUUUGGAAGGGCUUCUAUGUGUCCUCGUCGCUCGUGCUCGAUACAGACUUGCAUAAUUCCCGUUCAUUGCCCUCGAAGAAGCAAGACUUAACAGCCGGAUUACACUCCGAGAUGGAUAAACGUCUCUCUUCCCAACUGGAACGCUAUGCCAGCCAGGUAGCCUCUAGUGCCGGCCUCAUCGCCGAGUACCUUAAGUCACUCAACGACGACCCAUCGAUUCUGCCUAACCAGACCACACUACCAACAACAAUUGGCGCGGCCAAACUUGAGCUGGAAGAAGCCGCAACUCAGCUGCUGCAUCUUACCCGGGACCCAGGUGAUGUGCUGACAAAUUUAACGGUUGAUCUCCAAUUUAUCUGUGCUGUGCGAUGGUUACUCCACUUCAAGAUUCACACUUUUGUGCCACAGGAGGGCAUGAUCUCAUACCAAGAGCUGUCCCACAUGGCAAAUGUGCCACAGAAGCUCUUGCGCAGCUACCUAAGGCUCGCCAUGACCGGUAAGUUGUUCCAAGAGUACGGAACAACGGGAAUGGUUGGCCACAGCCCUGUGUCGCGCAGGCUAGCCGGUGACCCAAGCUUAGUUUAUUGGGGCCAGUACUUUGCUGAGGCCGUUUUCCCAACUGCCGCAAAAAAUGUGGAUGCCACUGCUACUUGGCCAGAAAGCAAUAAAUUGAAUGAGACGGCGCAUAAUCUUGCCUUCGACCAUUGUGACUCCUUUUUCGACUACAUCUCGCAGGAUCCUGCCCGCACGAUUGAAUUCGCCAAUUCCAUGAAAGCAGUGUCCACUACCAGUCUGUUUGACACUUCACAUUUAUGCAAAGUCUUUGACUGGUCAUCGCUCGGUGACGGGGUCAUAGUCGAUAUAGGCGGCUCUACGGGACAUGUCAGCGUAAGCCUGGCAGAAAGCUUUCCGAGCCUACGCUUUGUGGUGCAAGACCGCCCAGAGGUAGUUGUUAACAGCAUCAAGCGACUGGAUGAGCGCGAACUUCCCCUCUCAGUGACCACUCGCAUCCGCUUUCAGAGCCACUCUCUCUUCCACUUGCAGCCAGUUAAGGGUGCUGCCGUCUAUCUGCUGCGUCAAAUUCUCCAUGACUGGCCGGACCGGGAAGCUGUUGAGAUUCUUCGCAACAUUUUGCCCGCCCUGCAACCAAAGAGCAGGAUAUUUAUCGCAGAUAUAGUUCUACCUGAAACAGGCUCUAUUCCAGCUACACAGGAACGGGUGAUGCGCUGCAAUGAUCUACUGCUUCACCAGUUCACCAACACACUGGAGAGGACGCUGGAGGAUUGGCUUGCCAUUGUCCGUCGGGUGAGUGACAGGCUACAAAUCCAACAAGUGUAUAGACAUCCAGGUAGUAUCCUGUCCCUGGUAGUAUUAGGAAUUGUGUGAAAAUCGGACAAAUGGUAAUAGAAUUUGGUCGUACAUUUGACGACGCGGAUAGGGUGGGCACAGGGCAUGCUAUUUUCCGUGAAUCGAGGCGUACCAAGGGGAGAAUGUACCAUCGCUCUAGACUAAUAAGUAUACCCGACAAUCAUUGCCCCUUGCGUUGCACAGCCCAGUGGGGCAAUCUAAGGAUUGCGCAUAACGUGGUGUGUCAGUCACCACAUUUUAGUUCUAUAGAAAUUAUCAUCACCUUCAUC